AUGCCGCGGCCAAUAGUGAGCCUGCAUGUAAGGGGUACAGACAAGCAUUUUGAGAUGGCGCUGAGGUCCCUGGACUGGCACAUGUUCCUCAUAAAUCGCCUCCGCCCUCAUGCGCCAGACCUCUGGCACGUGUGGCUCAACACCGAGACACAGGCCAACGUAGAUCAAGAAGUGGAACACACGUCGUGGACAUUCUUUUACUCGGCAAACACACGGCAGGAGGAGAAGACAGAGACGCUGCGGCAGUACGAGCGCGACUAG